CAAUGCAUUAAUAAAAGCUCUACCCAGAAGUGGAGAAGCAAUGGCAUGUAUAUUUUAUGUAAACUGGACAUGGAGAGUACAAAGAAGUGCAAACCAUCAGACUGGAUGAAAACUCAAAUGAAUAGUUUAUUUUCAGAUGAUAGAGGUUGUAUCACAGAUGCAACUGAUGAGGAACAAGAUGACUUACCAUACGAUGGAGAUGCAGGAGUAAACUGUAAAUACAAUGAUGAUUCAGGUAAUUUGAAUGACUGUACUUGUACAAGAGAGAUUUCUGGUAUUUUAAACUUAGUCUGUUCUGAAGAUAACAAAAACAUAAAAACAGCAGCAAAUUACAAAACUCAUUCACAACCUGAAGAAUUCUCCAGUCACCACUGCAGAGGUGCCGUAGGAACAAUGGGAAUUUCAGCUGAAAUGCCUGGAAGUCAAGCUCCCUUUAAGAAAGAACUACCUAUUAGUAGUUAUAGUAAAGCAGAUAGCAAAGAACAUCUAACUCACUCAAAAAUGUCCAAUGUCCUCCUGCGUCAUUUUUCUAAAGGAGAGUUAACAAGCACAUAUCGGUUAAUUGAAUGCGAGACAAUACCAGAGACAUCUCUUACGGAAAGUAUCAAUGACACCGUAAGCAAACCUGAGCCUUCAGAACAUGUCAAAGGCCUUUUGGCACAUGAACAGUGGGCAACUAACUCUGCAGAAUAUCACUUGGAAAAGCACGAGGAAGUAAAUAGUGGUGAUAAAAAUAAAAAUUUGCUCAAUGAGAACAGACCUGUUUCAAAGAAACCUAUUUCUUCUACUGCUAAGUGUGGGUACAAGCAAGAAAAUUUACAAUUAAUUAAUGAGAACAAUACCACACACAUAUUUCAGAACAUGAAAGAAGAGAGCACCCUGUUUAAGAGAACAGUUUCACCUCAUCAGCUCAAAUGUGAGCAAGGUCAAGCUCACUACUGCCUUCCUGACUUCUUCCAAGUUCCUUCAGAAGUUAAAGUACCAACAAGGAGUGACAACAUUAACUCAGUUCCAACAACUGAAACAGCAAAAUCCUUCCCUAUUUCACUAUGUAAACCAGUAACUGUGAAAGUUAUAGAAAAUAAGAACUAUUUCAAUUCUGCUGCAGUGGGGAAUAGUGAAGAAUCAGGCAUUCCAGAAUGGCUGCAACAGCUGGAGAUGCUGACACAGCACCUUGACACCCAAAAUCAUAUCGACCAUCUGAGAGUGAAUCCUAAGGUACUUACUCAGUCAGAUUGUCCAAAUGCUAGCAUUGCUGUUUACUCAGGAGACACUGGAAUGCCCUCUGAAGUCUUUACAUUACAUGCUCCAAUCCCUAUACAAUCUACACAUGGUUUGUCUCAAGCAAGAUUACAGUAUGGAACUACAGCAUCAGCAUUACCAGCAGUUGGGACAGUAGAAGCAUACUGUCCAAAUCCUUCUAAUUUACUGCCAGAACUAACACUAGGAGAAAAGAUGACUCAAAUACUAAAGGAUCAGACAGAUGAAGUGAUAAAGAAAGUGGAAGACUUCUCUAAGCAUAUGACCCAAGAGACAUUACUUUUACAAGACAACCGUCUGGCAUUAAAUCAAUUGAAAAGAUACCUUGAUGCCUUGGAAAGGAAUUACUUAACAGCUAGAGAAGAGCACCAUAAUUUGCAGCUGCAGAACUACAAGGACAAGUCUAUCAACGUUGGAGAGUUUGAUCCUGAAAGAAAGUUGGAAGGGGAAAUAUUUAGACUUGGCAUGCUGCUUGAAGACAUCCAAGAACAAACUGAUGACAGCAAAUGCAACUCGUCUUCUUUGCUUACUUCCGAUGAAUUUGCCCAUUCACCAUAUUCCCUUUGUGAGAGCUCAGUAGUUUCAAGCACUGCUGAUCCCCCAGAAAGAAGCAGCAUUGAAAACUUAUUUCUUUCCAACAAUGAGGGAAAAAAAAGUCAGACAAUUGAUGUAAUCCCACAGACAAAUCAGUUUUCUUCAGAAGGUGACAAGUGUAAUCUCUGCCUUCACACGUUACAAAAGAGAGGUGAAUCAGCUUCCAGAAGACAAAGAGAGCCUCUGAGAAAAGGUCUGCUAGCAAAUAAGCAUUCUUCCAAUGUAAUGAGAUGCCUUUCACCUGAGCAGAAAUAUCCUGCUGAGGGCCUUGCAUGCCACAGUCAGGAUACAUCAAGUAAAAAAUUUAAUGCUGAUGAAGAUUCAAGUAUGAAUGGAAACACAAACAUACAGGAAAAGAAAAUCGGAACUUGUUCACUCUUCAUGCAGAGAAAACCAACUGAUUUAUCAGACAGCAACCUGAGCAGCAAUUCAGAAGACAUCUCUGCCUACAAUUCCUAUAAUGAUUCACCAAACAAGGAACUUAUGAAUUGUGAAAAUGGAAGAUACAAAACAUUCAAGAAAAGGUCAUACGGAGAGAGAAGAGCUUAUUCACAGCAAAGACUUUCCUCUCAAAAGGCUCAAAAAAAUAAACAGCCACGUGAACUUGUAAACAGACUUUCUGCAAGGCAAAACUCAGAGGCUGCCAAAACCUGCUAUUCAAGCACAUAUGAUAAAAUUAUUCUUUCAUAUCACUGCUUACCCAGCAAGAAGUCUGGCCAAACCAAAUCUGCAAUCAACAUCAGAUACAGAAAUGCUAAUGAGUCCAAUGCAAAUCAGAUUUUACAUUCUGCUCUGGAUCAUGCCAUACAGACAGCAAACAUUUUGAAGAAAGCUACCGAACGAAUGGUACAAGCAGUUUCAGAAGAUCUGGCUAAAGUUAAAAGGAAGCAGCUUUAAUUACCCAGUUUCAAAUGCUGUAUUGUUUUGCUGGUUGAUACUGAAGCAUCAGUAUCUCUACAAAUAUGAAAUAAUAAAUACAAAGAUCAGAAAGUCAGCUUUGUUAGUUGUUCUGUAGCUAUCAGUACUAAACCAAACUAGAGCUUAUUGGUAUUACGUAUGUUCACACUCGGUCU